AUGGGAACAACUUCUCAAAGUAAGGAGUUCCUUGUGCGCAAGCAGAAGAAAGAGGAUAGGCUACCAUUUGCAGUUGGAAUGAGCACGAAAGGGUGCGACAUAUUUAGCGGGCGGUGGGUGAGAGACGAGGAAUCUCGGCCGUUGUACGAGGAAUAUGAGUGUCCUUAUAUACUCCCACAACAAACCUGCUUAGCACAUGGUCGCCCUGACAAGGAUUAUCUUCAUUGGAAAUGGCAGCCUAAUAGUUGCUCGGUACCUAGUUUUAAUGCUUCGAUGAUGCUUGAAGCUCUUAGAGGAAAAAGGAUGAUGUUUGCAGGUGAUUCACAUAGUAGAAGCCACUACUAUUCCAUUGUUUGCCUUCUUCAAAAGUUCAUUCCGGAGAAUGCCAAAUCCAUUGAAAAUGCUGGCCAAAGAAUUAUUUUCACAGCUAAGGAAUAUAGUGCAAAGAUUGAAUUCUACUAUGCUCCAUUCCUACUGGAAUCAAAUGCGGAUAACCCUGAAAAGCAUACAGUGCAUGGCCGAAUUGUUCGUAGGGGUUCAAUUAAUGUUCAUGGACAACAUUGGAAAGGUGUUGACAUUUUAGUGUUACAAACAUAUAUUUGGUGGGUUGCUGAUGAAUACUUCAAGAUAUUAGAAGGAUCAUUUGAAGACAAGGUGAAAAACAUUAUAGAUGUGUCCUCAGAUGAUGCUUAUCGUAUGGCAUUGGAGAGUAUGUUGGAAUGGGUGGAGGAGAAUAUGGAUCCAUCUAAAACAAGGGUAUUUUUCACUGACAUCUCACCAAAUCAUAGAAGAAACGAUUUAUGGGGAGGAGACCAAAAAGGCAAUUGCUAUAACGAAACGAUGCUCAUAGAAGAUCCUAAGUACGAUGUACCAAGCUCGUUUAAAAGAAAAUUACAAAUAAUUGACGAGGUGUUUGGCAAGCCGAAUGUGAAAAUAACACUCCUAAACAUUACAAGGCUCUCAAACUAUAGAAAGGAUGGUCACACAUCAAUUUACAAGAAACAAUUAGGGGCUUUGACAGCUGAACAACUAGCAAAUCCUGUGAGCUAUGCAGAUUGUAUCCAAUGGUGUUUGCCUGGAGUUCAAGAUACAUGGAGUGAGCUUUUGUUCACCAAACUUUUCUAUCCUUGA